AUGAGAGUUCACGUGUUUGGCGACGAAAAUGCGGCCACAUUCUCGGCGCAGCUUCUCGAUGUUAGUAAUGGAACUGUAUCUGGCGAUACUGAUGGUUUCAACCAUUUACCAUUUGGUAACUUCGUGCCUACCAAAGAUGAUUUGAUUUCUGCAGUUUUUCUUGACAUUGCAAGCCUUGCCUACAAAACUUGCCUACAAGGAAUAGCAAUUUUGGUGCCUCACAAUAAAACCGUCGACGCUAUCAAUAAUAAACUUUUUGAUCUGCUUUCUGGAGAAAAACUCUCCUUCAAGUCCAUUGACACGCAUGAAAACCUGGAUGAUAUGACCGUUUUCACAACGGAAUUUCUUAAUUUCCAAACGCCCACAGCACUUCCGCCUCACGAACUCCAUCUCAAGGAUGGCGCGCCCAUCAUGCGGCUGCGGAAUUUGGAUGCUCAAAUAAUGUGUAACGGCACGCGGAUGAUAAUAAAAAAUAUUUACUCCCGAGUUCUGCAGGCAACCAUCUUGAAUGUACCAGCCACUUUUCAAGAUGUUCUUAUUACCCCAAUGUCCCUCACUCCCUCCGAUACGAUCUACAAAUUUAAGCGGCUUCAAUUUCCUAUCAAACUCUACUUUGCUUUGAAAAUAUAUAAGGUACAGGGUCAAUCUUAG